AUGGAGUUGCAAGCAAGGAAACAGCGAGAGGCGGCUCUUGAGUCUGCACUGGCAGACAAAGAGUUCAUAGAAGGCGAAUACAGGAAAAAGGCAGAAGAAGCGAAGAGAAGAGAGGAAGCUUUAGAAAACGAUUUGGCAAACAUGUGGAGAGAUAGAGAAGAAUCAAAGCAGCAUGGUUCUGAGAGAGAGAGACAAGUCUCGAAUGCACCGAGACAACCUGAAGUAGUAGUGGUAGCUAAAAUCGAAGAGACACCAAAAGAGGAACCUCUUGUUGCUCGUCUCAAGGCACGAACGCAAGAAAUGAAGGAGAAAGAGAUGAAAUCGCAAGCGAAUGGAGACGCAAACUCUCACAUCUGUAAAUAUGUAAAUCAUGUUCCCUCGCUUGCUCUGAAUGCCCAAUUUGCCGGACAAAGAUCUCUGAUCGCCUAUUUGCGUUUCCGUCUUAACCAAAGGCAAAUCAAAGGGUGUCGAGAAGUGUGGGUGAAUAAAGAAGCCUCCUGUUGCUAUAUAUUUUUAAGGAAAGAACAGGUUGGGAUUUAUUAACUAGUGUUUUCGGCUCUUUUUUUGUAUGUAAAAAGGAUCUUUUGCAUAUUACGUUCUCAUUUGUCCAAAGGUAUUUGUCUGUAUACGAGGUUACUGGAUCUACCUUGGUGUCAUCAAAACAGAAAAGCUAUUUGAAAAUAUUUUCCCACUGGUUUAUUCAAAGGCUUAGUUUGAAUUUGCCAUAUU